AACUCGACAACUGAUUUCCUUAUAUUGUUUUUUAUACCUGAUCUAUCUUUCGUGUCUUGUUAUAAAGUAACCUAAUUAGCAAUAAAUUAGUAAGAUAUUGGUAAAAAUAGUAGCUGAACUGGGGCCUUUCCUGAUGUUUUCAUGAUCAACUAUAACUACAACUCAACUAUUGACUGUACUAUUCAAUUAUAAAGUUACUCUCCUCUUGUCUUACCCAAGCAUUCUUGGUGGAUCUAGUUAGUUAGUUAGUUAGUUAGUGGAUGCUGCAAAGUUUCAACUAACUAGUCAUGGAUAGUGAUAAUCAAAAUGAUAGUUACAUUAAAGAUUCAAAAGGCUAUCAAAAUAUUAAAUCUGAAUACAACAUCAGUGAAGGUAGAGAAGAUGCAGAGGAAAAUAAUUUAGAAGCCAAUAAAACAGCAGCUGAUAGAACAACAGCUGAUAGAACAGCAGCUGAUAGAACAGCAGCUGAUAAAACAGCAGCUGAUAAAACAGCAGCUGAUAAAACAGCAGCUGAUAUAACAGCAGCUGAUAAAACAGCAGCUGAUAGAACAGCAGCUGAUAAAACAGCAGCUGAUAAAACAGCAGCUGAUAAAGUAGCAGCUGAUAAAGUAGCAUCCAGUAGCAGCAGCAGCUUAUUUCCAUCUGGUCGAAUUUUAUUUUCCAAUACACUGAAAGGUCUUGUUAGGAUUGUCAACAGCAAAGGAAAUACGCCGCAAGCCUUCAAAGACAGUCAGUUCAGAAAGUAUUGGAUGUUGGACAAGCACUGCACGCAUUGCUACGACUGUGGGGCCAAAUUCUCAUUCAUCCUUCGCAAGCACCACUGCAGAAUCUGUGGGCAGAUUUUUUGCUCCAACUGUAGUAAUAAGGAAGUUCCUGGAACGUUUGUCGGAUUCACCGGUUCACUAAGGAGCUGUAACUACUGCAGUCAAGUGGUGCAACAGUACGUAAGAGACAACGAAAUUUGUAACAUUCCAUCAUUAAACGAAGACUCCAACCAAACUCCUAACUCUUCACUAAUAACCACGGACCCCAACGUUAAUGAAGCUAGCAAUUCUAACAACACAAACACUCUGGCUAAUUUCACUAGUUUUAGUACAACGACAACGCCAUCAUCGUCAUCAACGUCGUCACCGGCCAACAGCAGCAACACUACCAAUGCGUCACUUUUAUUUUCAGCCAAUAGGAGAGCAGGAGAGCGAAAGAUCAUGAAUUUGUCGUCUGCCAAAAAUAAAUUUUUCCCCACCAAAAGUGGAGUUAAUAAAAAUGGUUCAAGUGGAUCUUUUGACAGAAGGUGCUCUGACUACAAUCCUAUUAGAUCUUCCAUAUUUGAUGAGGAUUCAGAUAAACCAGAGCUCUCUUACAAGAAUGCUUCCUCUGUAGAGCCGUACACAACUGAGAAGAAGUUACUUCUGCAGAAAUCAAUGCAACUGAAGUCACUGUGGUUGAGUAUGGUAGGUGGUCUAGCGACGCAACAGUUGCGAUACAAACUGAAGACUUACGAUAGAUGCAUGCUAGGUAGUAAUGUCGUUGACUGGUUGUUGCAGCAACAUAAAGCUUCAUCAAGAAAACAGGCGUGUUUGUUUGGCCAGGCCCUGAUGGAUUCCCACCUGAUGCAAGCGGUGGACAGCAGCAUCAAAUAUUUCGUCGAUGAUAACAAGACCUACUUUAGGCCUUCUACUAACAGACCACCAGCUGGUCCUAAAAGUUGGCGGAAAGUUAGUGGUGCCAAUGAAGAUGACGUCAGCGCGAUUGAAUCAGAUGACGUCAUAGUAGACGAUGAUAAUGACUUAGGCACGGAACCUCUCUGGGUUAAAAAUAUUCAAAGAAAUGCCGACGAUGACGACGACGAUGACGAUGACAUGGCUAACAACAACAUCGUCAACGAUGGCGACGAAAAGAAUUCAGACGCGAAAUCGCAGCAGUCAUGUAAUUUGGAGAGAAAAUCAACCUUCUAUAUCGACCAUCCGCUCAAAUCGCCUCUCAAAUGCGAACAAAUUAAGGACGAAGUUACCGAUGAAGAUGACUCACAUAUAUGCCCACUUUACCCUGAGGAUAAUUCAUACAGUGUGGAUGAAGCUACACACACUCCUACAACAACUGGUACUAAUGUUACCGAUACAAAUAACACUUCUACUAAUACUACCAGUGCUAGUUCUGAUAUCAUUGCCUCCAUUACUUCUACCGUUACUCUUACUGAUCAUGUGACCGGAAAAACGCCGGCCGGCCAGUGUGAUCAUGACGUCAUUAAGAGAGAAUUGAAGGGACAUCUCAGCAGGCUGUGCGACGAGUUGAUCUCUCGCCAGAAGAUCAGCGUCAUGUGGAAGGAUGUCAUCGUCAUGCUUGCCAAGAACACCAACAACAAAUUAAAAACAAAGGGAGAAACAACCAACAACAACAACUAUAAAAAUAAUAACAAUAACAUCAACGACAAUAAUAAUAACAAUAACAUCAACAAUAAUAAUAAUAACAAUGACAUCAACAUUAACAAUAAUAGUAAUAAUAAUAAUAUAGUGGCCGCGGUCGAUGACGAAAUGGACGUAUGCAGCUAUGUAAAAAUUAAAAAGAUUCUGAGCAGUAAGGAGAUUGACGAGUGUGAGAUUGUAGACGGUGUUGUGAUGACGAAGAACGUCACGCACCGGAAGAUGAGGUCUGACGUCACCAAUCCAAAGAUCCUACUCCUCGCUACCUCCCUGGAAUACCAACGCGUCGAGAAUAAGUUUUCGUCGCUAGAGCCGCAGAUUUUGCAGGAGCGAGAAUUCCUGAAAAAGAGCGUUGAAAGAAUCCUGCAGGUCGAACCGGAUGUCGUCAUUGUUGAAAAAUCCGUCUCCAGAUUAGCCAAUGAGUUUCUGUUUAAUGCCGGUGUAACUGUUGUCAGUAACGUUAAGCCGGAUCUGAUAAGAAGGAUAUCGCGAAUGCUGCAAACGAACCCAGUGUCCUCGAUUGAUGGACUGGUCAGUAAGUCAGCUCUUGGCACGUGCCAGCGUUUCUACGUCAAAUCGUUCCCACACACCUCUGGAAAAAUGAAAACAUUGAUGUACUUAGAUGGAUGUUUGCCUAAACUUGGUUGUUCGGUAAUUUUAAAAGGCUCCUCGUUGAAGGACCUUCGCAGGGUGAAAUUGAUUCUUAAAUUUGCCAUCUUCGCCAUAAACCACAUGAACUUUGAACUCUCCUAUUUGAUGGACGUACACGCGGGCAUGCCAGCUUCACGUACUACGACUCACGACGAUGAAGUUAGCACUGUUGGCAAUGACGUUCAUAUUAGUAACAGGCAACCGGCUUGUGAUGGCAGCACUGAAGUUAGUGCACUCCACACUGAAGUUAGUGCACUCCACACUGAAGUUAGUGCACUCCACACUGAAGGUGGUGAGACUGUUUUGAAGGGUGACGACGGUGGUGACGACGAUCUGGAGAGGAGGUUGAGGAAGAUGCAGAAAUAUUUGAAAGAUGGGUUGCUGUCCAUUUCGCCGCACGCCACUUUUUAUUGCCCCUACCUAGAGUUGAGUGCUUGCCAGGGUUUCAAAGGGGGGAACAUCGGGUCUUUCCUGACCCCACCUCCACAUUUCUGGUCUAAAAUAUUGAGUAAUGAUGGUGGUGAAGGGGAUGAUGACGAUGUGGGUGCUGCUGAUGCUGAUGAUGAUGAUGGUGACAGAAUUCAGCGCAACCUUCCACACGUCUUCCUUCAAAAUUCCAACAUUGGAUCCGUUAAUGGGCUGCCUUUUCAGAACAUGGUGGCAGACUAUAGAGCCCGGGGUGGCACUCUGUCGUACAAAGAGGACGUCAGCCCUUACUAUUUCAGCAGCAACCCAGCAACCAAACAACCCAAACAUCUCGACAAUGACGUCAUCGCUCUGUCAUCGUCCUCAAAUCGUCAACAACAACAAAAGCAACAAAAACAACAAUUCAUCGAUUGUAUGGAUGUUUUGAACCAUCAAAAUAUCACUUUGUUGUUUAGUAGCAUAUCCAGUAAAUCUGGAAACUACCCACAGCCUUGCAUAUGUCCCUGGGAAGUGACCAUGAAGUACUACAGUGGCACGGACAUCUCCCUCGGUGGCUUUCUUGACCAGUUCUGCUUCAGUGACCAGUACAGGUGCAUUUCAUUCAAGUGUGGCUCGCCCAUUCGCGACCACGUCAGAAAGUUCGUUCACCACAACGGCUGCAUACAAGUCACCAUGAAGUCCAUCGACGCUAAUGCCGCCGCGUCAUCGUCGACGUCCUCCUCUGCCUCGGCGUCGUCGUCGUCAUUGUCGUCGCUUCAAGUUGGGUGUUCGUCUGUCUUUGGGGGGCCUUCUGGGGCUGUUUGUGGCCCUGGUGGGGCUGGCAGCAGCGAGUGCAUUUUGAUGUGGAGUUGCUGUCUGCUUUGUUUUCAGAAAGUUCCAGUAACCGUGAUGUCACCUGAAACGUACAACAUGUCCUUCGGCAAAUACCUCGAAUUGAGGUUCUACGCCGAUGCUUACGUCAACCAAACGUCAUCAUCCUCGUCGUCAUCAUCAUCGUCAUCGAAUGCCGCCAGAUGCUCUCACUCGCUACAUCAUCAUUACAUUCAAUUCUUCGAUUGGGAUCAUCUUAGAGUUGCUUUCAAAUACACGCCGGUUAAAGUUCUAGACAUGAACAUACCAGACAGAGUGAUAGAGCUUCUGUCUCAGCAGCAGACUAAGCAACUUGAAGAGCAUCUAAUACAGGAAGGCCUUCUUGUGAAAGAAAGAUUGAAAAACUUGUUUGAGUCUAUUGUUGAAAACCUAUCACGCAUGAAGAAAGACCAGAAGACAUCAAAUAGGCGUAACCACAACAGCAACGACCACAAUAAUAAUGUCAUCAAUCGAAUUAUAGAGAAGGCCCAAGCCGCAACCAACGACGGCUUCAACAACAGCAACAACAACAGUGACAAAAACAUCAACAACUACCUUAACAUCCAAAACAUUAACAACAUUAACGUCUUCAUCUUCUGUAAUGACGUCACAAACACCAGCAACAUCGACAUCUAUAGCAGCUACGUUAAUUACAUCUACUGUAACGUCAGAUUCAAUCACAUCAAUUGCAACAACAGCAACUACAACAGUCUCUUUAACGGAAAUAACCCCAUCACCAACAUCAGAAACUUCAUCAGCAACAAAUUCAUCCUUAAGUAA